AUGGCCUUCGCCACCGGAGACGACACUCACUCCAGUGACCACUGUAUGGACCAAAUGAAGGACAUGUCUCAGAACCGGGACAUCCGUAACAUGAGGAAUAUGGCCGAAAAGCAGCGCCGGGACAAACUGAACGGCUAUAUAAACGACCUUGCUAACACGGUGCCCCUGGUCACUAUGUCCGCCAAACGGCUCGACAAGACAUCGGUGCUGCGGCUGUCGGCCGCUUACCUCAGACUCAAUAAAACGGCCUUAAGUCUGAAGAAACGCAAGUCCAAGAAGUCGUGCCAUCAGUCGUCGGCCACCACCAGCGACCACCAGUUGUGGCGACCAAACAAGUUUCGGUUCAACCAUUUGCGGGCUUUGAUUGAAUCGGUCGAGGGCUUUAUCGUGGUCACCACUGGACUCGGCAAGAUCAUUUACGUCUCCCAUUCCGUCGAAAACUUUUUAGGCCAUCAAAAU